AUGGUACACCAAAUAUGGAACAUACUUUAUAUGUUAGGUCUACUUAUAAUAACAUAUUCGACCAUCCUUGUAACAAUAAUCGUUGGCUUUACAGGACAGCUUUUCUACUGGCUCUUUUUGGAUCCAUGUGGUUUUCGUAAUCGAAAUGCAAAUCGUAAACUCACUUCAGCAAAUAACAAAAAAGACAACGAAUAUUAUUCUCUUAUUAUUGGCUCUGGUUUCUCUGGUUUAGGCAUGGCUAUCAAAUUAAAAGAAUUAGGUACUGAUAAUUUCACUAUUAUUGAACGCCAUGGACAUGUCGGUGGUACAUGGUAUGCAAACACAUAUCCAGGAUGUGCAUGUGAUGUUCCAUCUAAUCUUUACUCGUUUUCAUUUGAACCCAAUCCAAACUGGUCGUAUUUCUUUAGUCGACAACCUGAAAUAGGUCAAUAUCUUGAACAUUGUACCGAUAAGUAUGAUAUUCGUCGACAUAUUCAAUUCGAUACAACAGUUACAAAACUUGAAUGGAUUGAAGAUCGACAUGUAUGGAGAGUCACAACUAAAUCAAAUGAUGAAGAAAAACAAAUUUAUGCUCGAUUUGUGAUGGCUGGUUAUGGCCCGUUAUCGAAUGCAUCUUAUCCAACUGAUAUUCCUGGUAUUGAUAAAUUUGAAGGUCGAAUGUGUCAUACGGCUGAAUGGGAUAAAACAAUUGAUUUUAAAAAUAAACGAGUAGCAGUAGUUGGNUGA